CUUGCGUCCGUGGCUGCUCUCUUUUUCCACACGGGCACGCUGCGGCGGCGAUUCCCCACCGGCGAGAUGUCGACGGACGGACUGGAGGUCAACGGGAGCGGUGGAGCUAACAUCACCGGAUGGAAAAGUGUUGUGUUCCCGGUGGAAUCCCAAGAUUCCAUGAGUGCUCCAGCCCUAGAGCUCGAGAAGGACGAAGAAGCAGCGGUGGUUGGAGAUGGGCAGAGAUACGAGGUGUGCUCUGAAGCUACAAGCGGCUGGACGAGGAGGGUGAGGCUCGGGAAAGCACCUGAUGAGAGGGACAUGAACCCCGACAGGAAAACAGCGCUUGAGCUGUCGGUCCGUGCUUAUGCUGAAAAAUGUGAAGGGCAUGUCAUCAAUCCAACAAUUGGCACGGAAUUUGACUCGUUGGAUGAGGCAUAUGAGUUCUACAAUCUAUAUUCAUGGGAAACUGGGUUUGGUAUACGGCUGGCGAAGAGCAGGCUCAGUGUGCAGAGAACAAGAUAUCAACCGCUCGUGUCUUGCAAUGUGCUUCUGUUUACCAAACAGAAAUCUUGGUUUUUUGCACGAGCUGCUGAAAGUUUCUUCCUGGGUGAGAGUGGGAAAAGCAUAUCUGGAGAAUUUGGAGGGAGGCCUGACCGAAAAAGUGCUCGCAAGCUAACUGCAAGCUGGUUGGUAAAGAGGGCUUGA